CUGGCCGGAGGCAAGGUCGCAUUACAACCUGAUUGGGAAUGCUUGCACAGUGGAUAGCAAGUAAGUAUAAAAUCAGAUUACAAUACGACACAGACAUCAUUCAGACUUUAGACGUUGAAGCUAAACCAAGCAUGUUUUCCAAAAUCGUUGCCCUUUGCGCCUUCGCGGCUGUAGCCCAGGCCGGUCUCCUGGUUAAGCCGCACUACUCCUCGGCCGCCGCCGUCUCCUCGCAGAGCAUCGUGCGUCACGACCAGCCCCAGCUGGCCCACAAGCUGGUGGCUGCCCCCGUCGCCUACCACGCCGCUCCCGCUCACGUCGCCUACCACGCCGCUCCUGCUCCCGUCACGUACCACGCUGCCCCCUCCCCCAUCGCCUACCACGCUGCUCCCGCUGCCGUCCACUAUUCUUCCCCUAUCGCUAAAGUAGUAGCCCAUCAUGAGGAAGAAAUCGCUCACCCCAAAUACGAGUACACUUACUCCGUGGCUGACGGCCACACCGGCGACAACAAGUCCCAGCAGGAGACCCGCGACGGAGAUGUCGUGAAGGGCUCUUACUCCUUCCACGAGGCUGACGGCUCCAUCCGCACCGUGGAGUACUCCGCUGACGACCACCACGGCUUCAACGCGGUGGUGCACAACACCGCCCCCACGCACGCGCCCGCCGUCCUCAAGGCCGCUCCAGUCGUCUACUCCGCUCCCGCUUACUACCACCACGACUCGAAACAAUAUUUUAAAACUAUUGUUAUGUUGCAGAUCGUAGCCCUUUGCGCCUUCGCGGCUGUAGCCCAGGCCGGUCUCCUGGUUGAGCCGCACUACUCCUCAGCCGCCGCCAUCUCCUCGCAGAGCAUCGUGCGCCACGACCAGCCCCAGCUGGCCCACAAGCUGGUGGCUGCCCCCGUCGCCUACCACGCCGCCCCCGCUCACGUUGAAUACCACGCUGCUCCCGCUCACGUCGCCUACCACGCUGCCCCCGCCCCCGUCACCUACCACGCCGCCCCUGCUGCCGUCGCCUACCACGCCGCUCCCGCUCCUGUUGCGUACCACGCCGCUCCUGCUGCUGUCCACUACUCCGCUCCCAUCGCUAAGGUCGUCGCUCACGAAGAAAUUGCCCACCCCCAGUACGAGUACUCAUACUCCGUUGCUGAUGGUCACUCCGGCGACAACAAGUCCCAGCACGAGACCCGUGAUGGUGAUGUCGUGAAGGGCUCUUACUCCCUCAAGGAGGCUGACGGCUCCAUCCGCACCGUCGAGUACACCGCUGACGCUCACAACGGCUUCAACGCCGUGGUGCACAACACCGCCCCCUCCCACGCCCCCGUGGUGGUCAAGGCCGCCCCCGUCGUCGUGAAGGCCGCUCCCGUCGUCUACUCCGCUCCCACUUACUACCAUCACUAAAGAAUUCGACAAAAAAAAAAACGAUUUAAUGAUGACUAGUUAAUUUAUUGCAAAUACAUAUUUAAGAUCAUA